AUGUCAGCCCAAUUAGAUCUUGAUUCUAUCCUUGAAUUCACCAUCAACCUUGCUCUCGAAGCGGGUGAGAUGAUUCGUGCAGGUCAACAGAAACGAUUCGCUUCUGAAUCUUCUAAUGAAGAUGAAAAAGUCAACAGUGUCGAUCUCGUGACUGAAGUCGAUAAAGCUGUAGAAGCAUUCAUCACGAAGAAAAUCAAAGAGACUUAUCCCGAUCAUCAAUUUAUCGGAGAAGAAACAUUCAAAGGAGAGAAAGUUACUGAUGAGCCUACUUGGAUUGGUAAGUCCCAUCAGCCCUCAAAGUGUUUGACUAACCCUAUCGAUGGUACAACCAACUUUAUUCACGGUUUCCCAUGUGUAGCUACAUCUAUCGGAUUGGCGGUAGGUGGUAAACCAGUAGUAGGAGUUAUAUAUAAUCCUUUCUUGGAUCAACUGUACUCUGCUGCUAAAGGUAAAGGAGCUUAUCUGAAUCGAAAGACCAAAUUGCCAAUUACCGGUAAAGGGAAACCUCUACAGUCCCUUGGUCAUGCUUUAAUCGCAAUAGAGUAUGGUUCAUCACGAUCGGCACCUGCCCUUCCAUCCAAAGUGAAAACUUUCCAAACUCUAGCUGCAUCACCUGAAUUAGGAGGAAAGAUGUGUCAUUCACUUAGAAGUAUGGGUAGUGCAGCCUUGAACAUCGCGACUGUUGCAAGUGGUGGAUUGGACAUGUACUGGGAAGUAGGAUGUUGGGCAUGGGAUGUCUGUGCCGGCAUAUGUAUCCUUGAAGAGGCAGGCGGUGUCAUGUUCGGCUCGAAAGGAUCUUCUCUAUCUGGAGAAGUUGACAGUGAUCUGCUUACUGGAAGGAAAUAUCUCGCUAUGCGAGGAAUCGCUCCUACAUCAGAUGAAAGCACGUUACAAGUUCAACAAAGAUUCGCAAAGGAGUUUUACGACACCACUGAUGAGAUUGAGCCUUAA